AUUAACGCGUCAAAAAUCCUAUUUUCAGUCAUUUUCUUCUCCUUCACUGUAGAGUCCUCCUCGCCUGUUAACUCUAGGAAGCUGACGAAGACCAAUGGGAACCUUAGGCAGAGCAUUUUACUCCGUUGGAUUCUGGAUCCGUGAGACCGGUCAAGCUCUCGAUCGCCUCGGAUGUCGCCUCCAAGGCAAAAAUUCCUUCCGAGAACAACUAUCGAGGCAUCGGACGCUGAUGAACGUAUUCGAUAAGGCUCCGAUUGUGGAUAAGGAAGCUUUUGUGGCACCAAGCGCCUCAAUCAUUGGGAACGUUCAGAUCGGAAGAGGAUCGUCUGUUUGGUAUGGAUGUGUGCUACGAGGGGAUGUGAACAGCGUUACUGUUGGAUCAGGAACUAAUAUUCAGGACAACUCACUUGUUCAUGUGGCAAAAUCGAACUUAAGCGGAAAGGUGCCUCCAACUAUUAUUGGAGACAAUGUAACCAUUGGCCAUAGCGCUGUUUUACAUGGAUGUACUGUUGAGGAUGAGGCUUUUAUCGGAAUGGGAGCGACAGUUCUGGACGGUGUCGUGGUUGAAAAGCAUGCCCUGGUUGCUGCUGGUGCGCUUGUGCGACAAAACACUAGGAUUCCUUCCGGAGAGAUAUGGGGAGGAAACCCAGCAAAGUUCCUCCGGAAGCUCAAGAGUACGGAGAUUGAUUUUAUCCCAAAGUCAGCUGAAAACUACUCAAACCUAGCCAAGGCUCACGCUGCAGAGAAUGCAAAGCCACUAAAUGCGAUCGAGUUCGAGAAGGUUCUACGCAAGAGGCAUGCUGGAAAAGACGAGGAGUAUGACUCAAUGCUUGGCAUUGUGAGAGAAACUCCACCAGAGCUUAAACUCGCUAACAACAUAGAGCCUGGUAAAUAAGCCAAGCGUCUUUUAAAUGUGAACUGAUUUUUGUGGGGUAUGUUUUCUGAUCGAAACGUUAAUAGUAUGUAUUAGAUCUCUCAAGAAGAUUAUGUUUCGGUCUCUGGUUUGAAUAAUGGCAUGUAGAAUCACUAGAGUAGAGUGAAUUUACAGCUUUGGAGAAACUUUUGCUCGACCUUUCUUCAUGGUUUCUUAGGAAUAAUUGUAUUGUCAGAACAAACUUUGGAUCUUUGAAAUUCUGAAUC